CGCCGCCGCGUCGCCAUGGCGACGCUUCCGGGAAGGAGGGAGGGCGGGGAGGCGGCAGCAUGGCGGCGCUUCCGGCGGGGCGGCGCGGCGAUGGCGGCGCUUCCGGAGGGGCCGGCGAUGGCGGCGGCGGGCGAGGCGGCGGCGGAGCGGCGCGUGCGGGCGUGGGCGGCGGAGCAGGCGGCGCGGGGCCGGCGCGUGGCGCUGGUGACGUCGGGCGGGACGCAGGUGCCGCUGGAGGCGCGCGCCGUCCGCUUCCUGGAGAACUUCAGCAGCGGGAGGCGCGGGGCCGCGUCCGCCGAGCGCCUGGUGGCCCGCGGCUACGCCGUUUGCUUCCUGCACCGGGCCCGCUCCGUGUUCCCCUGGGCCAGGGUGCUCCCUCCCAGCGGGCCCGCGCUUCUCGACGCUCUCCUCCUCACCCCCGGGCCGUCCCCCGGCGUGAGCGCUGACCUCAGCGCCGUCCCCGCCUUGUUACCGGCGCUGCGCGAUUACCGCCGGGCCACCGAGGCGGGCGCGUUGCUGGCCAUCGAGUUCACCGGGCUCUCCGAGUACCUGGCGCUGCUGCGAGCCGCGGCCCGCGCCCUCGCACCCUUCGGCUCCAGUGUCAUGUUUUACCUGGCAGCUGCUGUGUCAGAUUUCUACAUCCCUGCCUCAGAGAUGCCUGAGCACAAGAUCCAGUCCUUGGAUGGGCCCCUGCAGAUCACGAUGAAGAUGGUACCAAAAAUGCUGUCCCCUCUGGUCAAAGAAUGGGCCCCAGAGGCAUUUGUGAUUUCCUUCAAGCUAGAGACAGAUCCUUUGAUCUUGAUCGAGAAAUCCCGCCAGGCUCUGGAGAAAUACCGUCACCAGGUGGUGGUAGCAAACGUCCUGGAGUCACGGAGAACCUCUGUGAUCAUCGUCACCAAGGACUCCCAGACCCCUUUAACUCUUUCUGAGGAGGAAAUUGCACAAGGCAUGGAAAUAGAGGAAAAAAUUGUGAGCUAUCUUCAGGGCCAACACACUGCUUUUAUAGAGAGGAAGGGCUGAGGAGCAGCUCUGAACCAAACAAAUGGAGUUGUAAUAGAGAGGGAGCAGAACUGGAGCCAUUCUCUGUCCCAGGUGGGUGAAACAAUCCUCAGAGGAGCACGAUGUGAGAGGCUGCCAUGCAGAACCCUGUAACCUUCCCUUGGUAAUGGUUAUUGUUGCUUGAUUUGAAAAAGAAAGUAAUAAACUGAAAGUGAAAUCA